AUUUGAUUAGCAUGUCUUCCGGCGUUUGAACUUUGAAGUUGCACCGUCGAACUUCAACGUGGUCUCAAUUGUUCCGACUUGGCGGCUGGUGGCAUCACCAGAAACCUUCCAAAAAGAAACCAAAGAGCUUUGAACAAUCAAACCCCACUCUUUCUCGGCUUUCUUUCCCUCUGAGCCUCACAAAAUCAAAUCAAGCAGAGCAGUUCGUACAUUGUACAGAAGAAACAGAAUCGAAUCAAAGUCAGCACUUGAAAGCAACAUGGAUUGUGGCUCCUACUUCCAAACUGUGUCCCAGGUAUAUGAAAGCUGGGAAAUCAUCAAACGCAUUCCCAAAUAUGAGGAGAUUGUUGGAAUGGCCCUCUUUGACCGGAUGUUUCAAAUUGCUCCAGAAGACUGGAGUCUCUUUCCUUGGACGAGGGAGGACUUCAAGCAAAAGAAUCCAAAGUUUCUGGCGUUUGCAGCAAAGUUUGUUCGCAUGCUCGACCUUGCAGUCCACAUGCUUGGUCCUGACAUGGAAGUUGUAGAAGAGCAGAUGUAUGACCUGGGAAGAUCCCACAAGAACUAUGGUGUGCUUCCAAGGCACUUUGACCUCAUGGGCCAAUCCCUCCUGUACACUCUUCAGGGGCUCUUGGGCAGCAAGUUCACCCCCAAUACACAGAAAGCAUGGAAAAAUGUUUAUGGGUUCUGGUCUUCUACCAUGAUCCAAGGAGCAGUUGGUCUCUAACAACGGUGUGUGGGUGUACGGCACGACCUGUUCACAGCUGAAACACACACAGCAUAAUGGAUGGAUGUACGACUGUACUAUGAUAUGUUGUAUGGCAUAAUCACCGCCACGGAAUUAACAUGCUCCCUUGCACCCUUUGACUGGAAACUCUAAUUUUAGAACAAUCUUUUCACAAAUUCAACUCUACUGCUAUACACUCUCUUGCUUGGACAAACUCGUUCAACACCGUCCCAAAUGUUUCCACAGGCUGAGCACCAGAAAACAAAGACUUUCCAUUGAAGGCACGGGUUGGGGCUUCAGAAAUACCACGGCGAGAUGCGUCACGGGCUUCCUUGCGGACAGGGAUCUUCAUAUCUCA